CGGAACCGUCGGAGCGACGCCGUUCUCAGUCGGCGGCAGGAGAGGGAAGAUGGACGCAGGGCUUUUUGCUGCUUCUUCGGAUGUGAUCAGGGAGGAAUUGUGGAAAAUCAGGUGUCUGGGACCCAGGUGACCAGCGGAAGGAAAGGGCCCCUUCCUCAUGCUACCCUGACCUACGACACUCUUCGAUUUGCCGAAUUUGAAGAUUUCCCGGAGACCUCAGAGCCGGUGUGGAUACUGGGUAGAAAAUACAGCAUUUCCACAGAAAAGGAUGAGAUCUUGUCCGACGUGGCAUCCAGACUCUGGUUCACGUACAGGAAAAACUUCCCGGCCAUCGGGGGAACAGGCCCCACCUCGGACACAGGCUGGGGCUGCAUGCUGCGGUGUGGACAGAUGAUCUUUGCCCAGGCCCUGGUAUGCCGGCAUCUGGGCCGAGACUGGCGGUGGACGCAGCGGAAGACGCAGCCAGACAGCUACUUCAGCGUGCUCAACGCGUUCAUCGACAGAAAGGACAGUUACUACUCCAUUCACCAGAUAGCACAAAUGGGAGUUGGCGAGGGCAAGUCCAUCGGCCAGUGGUACGGGCCCAACACAGUCGCCCAGGUGCUCAAGAAGCUUGCUGUCUUCGACACGUGGAGCGCCUUGGCAGUCCACAUAGCGAUGGACAACACGGUGGUGAUGGAGGACGUCAGAAGGUUGUGCAGAGAUGGCCUUCCAUGUGCGGGGGCCGCUGCGCUGCCCGCCGACCCCAGCCGGCACUGUAACGGCUUCCCCGCCGGAGCCGAGCUCAGCAAUAGGCCGGCACCGUGGAGACCGCUGGUGCUCCUCAUCCCCCUGCGCCUGGGGCUCACGGACAUCAACGAGGCCUACGUGGAGACGCUGAAGCACUGCUUCAUGAUGCCCCAGUCCCUGGGCGUGAUCGGAGGGAAGCCCAACAGCGCCCACUACUUCAUCGGCUACGUGGGCGACGAGCUCAUCUACCUGGACCCACACACGACACAGCCCGCGGUGGAGCCCGCUGGCGGCUGCUUCAUCCCGGACGAGAGCUUCCACUGCCGCCACCCCCCCAGCAGGAUGGGUGUCAGGGAGCUCGACCCGUCCAUUGCCGUGGGGUUCUUCUGUCAGACUGAGGCCGACUUCGACGACUGGUGCCAGCACGUCAGGAAGCUCUCGCUACUCGGGGGCGCCCUGCCCAUGUUUGAGCUGGUGGACCAGCAGCCUUCCCACCUGGCCUGCCCCGACGUCCUCAACCUGUCCUUAGAUUCUUCCGAUGUAGAGCGACUGGAAAGAUUCUUUGACUCAGAAGACGAAGACUUUGAAAUCCUGUCUCUUUGAAAAUCCUGGAAUUGGGGGACACUUUCCACUGGCCCUCACUGGGGGCACCUUCGAGAGCCCAGACCUGCCCCGGGGUGCUCAGUGCCGCCGCACUUCAUCCAGCCUGCCGGUCCGCUGAGCACCCGCGCCCCAUGCCGCCUCUGCCCUCACACGGAGCCCCGCUGUGAGCCCUGUGCUGCUCGGGCCCAGAGGGCUCGGCCACGUGAUAAGGCACCAGCCCACAACCACCGAGGCAAGCCCAGCGCAGCCGGGCCAGGAGCCCCCGAGAACAGGGCCCUUCACCUCGCAAGCGCUGUCCCCGCCACACUGCCGGCCCCGCGCUUGUACGUCGCCUCUGCCUUGCUUCCUCCUGGGCACUCGGUUCUGGGUUCGCUUUGGAAUUAAAGUUGUUCGAAGUCGCAAGGACAUGAAUCUCUGUCCUGUCCGCCUUGGAAGACCUGCAGGGCGGGUGCGUGCGGCGGGACACCUGUGGACCUGGCCCCCCCCCCCCCCCCGCCCCCCCGCCCCCGCGCUUUCUCAAGGGCUACCUCGGGGGCACCAGGCCGCAAGAGUCACGGCAAGGCUUCUCCUGGAUUUGGGGAGAGAAGUAGCAAAGGGGUGGGGCGUGGUGGAAAUCCAAAGAUGUCCUCCUGCGUGUGACUCUCGAGGACAGGGACACGCCUAGCCCAGGGCGUGCCUUCCUCAUGUCUCCCCUGUGGGGCCCGGUGUCGAAGACGCCCCGCGUGCUGCUGCUUGCUCGCCACUGGCUUCCCCCCAGUCAGGUCUGGGUUGGGUAGGGGAAGGGCUGCCCUUGGCCCCCAGGCCCUUCCUCCGGCUCCCCGUUCUCGGAGCCGCCGCCUCUCUGGCGGUUUGGGGCCAGAGGGUAACGCCUACAGCCUGACGGUGCGGGACUGGCGCCCUCUCCCCCGAGCGCCAAUGGGAGACGCGUCGGUCCAGACCCUUCUCGGCAUUAACGUCAGCGCCUGCAGCCUUCAGCCCCCGCACUCUGGCCCCGGACGGCCCCGGUCCUCCCGCUGGGAUGGGGUGGCAGGGCUCCGGGUCCCUGCCUGUGCGGGCGUGUGUCCCGUCCGGAAGUGGAGCCAGGGUCGUGGGAGGCUGGCUGCAGCCCUCUGGACCACACACGUGCCGCCGCUACCACGGGCUGGGGGCGCGGGGCGCUGCCACAGCCCUGCUUGUCGGUACGACCCGGAGGCGUGGGCGACAGCCUGCCUCACGCGGAGCUUUGUUUCGUGUUUUGAAAAAGGCUUACUGAAGAGAAUGUCGUUCAUUCCUCGUAGCGUAGUUUGCGAUUCUUUAUGGCAAAUAAUAACCGUUUCAGUAGAAAACA